GUUACCACUAAAUAUCGAUAAACUUUGUGCCGAUGAUGCCGCCGUUGUGAUCGACGUUGUGCCAUCUCCAAAAUCUCCCCUUCUUUUCUUUUCGCCCGUUUCCGAGCAAGCCGCCAAGAUGAGGAAAAUCAUGAAGCAGGGCAAGAUCGUAAUCGUCCUUAGCGGACGUUACGCCGGUCGCAAGGCCAUCAUCGUCAAGACCCACGACGAUGGAACCCCGGAGAAGCCCUUCGGACAUGCCCUCGUCGCCGGCAUCGAUCGCUACCCGCGCAAGGUGACCAAGAAGAUGGGCAAGAACAAGCUGAAGAAGAAGUCCAAGGUCAAGCCCUUCCUGAAGAGCCUGAACUACAACCAUCUGAUGCCCACCCGCUACACGGCGCACGACAUCAGCUUCGAGAAGCUGUCGCCCAAGGACCUGAAGGACCCCGUCAAGCGCAAGACGCACCGCUUCCAGACCCGCGUCAAGUUCGAGUCCGUCUACAAGGAGGGCAAGAACAAGUGGUUCUUCCAGAAGCUGCGUUUCUAAGCUGCCCAUUCGCUACUUGUGGUUACUGGAUUGUCGCUCUUUUUAAGGUUUAAUAAACAAAGAAGUAAUUCUGAUAAAACUGACCGAA